CAACCCUCCCCCCUCCCCCUCCCCUCCCCCACCUCCCCCUGUCCUUCUAGGGUGCUAGGAAAUGGGUGUGCCAGCUUCUGUGGGAGAGAUGGCGGAUUUGGCGCUGCAUGGGCUUCACAGGCUGGGGGAUCGUGACAGAAUCUGGUAUUAAACCGCCAUGCUAACUGCCAGGCUGCUUUCCAGACACCUGCGGCCCACAGAGCCCUUCAUCCUGGUCUUUUCAGGCCUGAAAAAGGAAUUCGGAUAGAAAAAGGCUAACACUAGGGCUCUUGUUCUGGAUGAUGAUAUGUCCACCAGGUUCUCAGCCUGCACCCGCAGUCUAUAUUUCUGCCCUUCAGCCUGUCCUCCGCAUGAAGCUCUGACUGAAUUAAAGGAAGGGGAAAGACCUCUGAAUUCUUGCAGGGGAGAAACAACUAUCUCUCUACCAAAGGCUCAAAACCACCUGUCAUCUACCCACAGAUCCAUUUACCUGUAGACUCUGCAGCUCUGAGAACGAGCACCGUGGGAAUUGCUCCUGAUCCCAGGAAGUUGGUCCAGCUCAGCUUGCAGCCUCAGAAGAACUUUCAAACCUGAGCUUGAGAGCCUCGCUUUGACUGGUACAUACGUUCCACUUAGGCAAGCCGGUAACACAACCCGGAUCAGAGAAUUGUUCCAAGUGUAUCAUGAGCCGUGCUCGGGAUGCUGGCUGCGUAGCUGCUGGAAUAGUGAUCGGGGCUAGUGCCUGGUACUGUGUCUACAAAUAUACUAGAGGAAGAGACCAGAAGAAGAAGAGACCAGCCAAGCCCAAGAACCGGGCUUCGGUGGGUACUGGAGCCAGAGCUAGAGCUGGCCUAAGAGCUGGAUUCACAAUUGACCUUGGGCCAGGAUUCAAUACCCCAGCCCUGGUGAGUGUUGAGGCAAUGAAUAAGGCCCAAGAAGAAACAUCCACUCUUGCCAAAGCUGCAGCUGAAGAAAUGGUGCCAGCUGCACCCAGCCCUAAGGUUCAGAAUGGGGCAGAAAGUAAGGUCCAGGCGGCAAAUGGGACUGGAACUGAGCCUACUAAAGUAGCCGUGACUUCAGCUGCCUGUGCAGUUACAUCCCCACCCAAGGUGGCAGGGGUCCCCACAGCUGCAGGGGCCCCAGCAAUAGUAGUGGCUCCCAAAGUGGCAGGAGCUGCCAGCACCACACAGGCUUCUGGAGCAGCAGCACUCCCUGGGCCAGCAAUACUUCCUGGGGCAGUCCAGUCUCCUGGGCCAGCAAUACUUCCUGGGGCAGUCCAGUCUCCUGGGCCAGCAGUACUUACUGGGGCAGUCCAGUCUCCUGGGCCAGCAGUCCCUUCCCCAUCAAUAGCACAUCCUAUGCCAGCAGCACUUCCGUGGGCUGUAGCACCUCAUGGGGUAGCCCAGUCUCCUGGGCCAGCAGCACCAACCAUGGCAGUCCAAUCUCUUAUGCCAGCAGCACCUUCCUGGGCAGUAGUAGCGCCUCCUGGGGCAGUCUAUAUUCCUGUGGCAACCCACUUUCCUGGGGCAGCAGCAGCAGCUGCUGCUGCUGCCAGGGUAAGCCAGUCUCCUGGGACAGUGGUGCCUCCCCUUCCACCCCCGUCUCUUGGGGCAGCAGCAGUGCUUUCCAGGGCAGUCCAGUCUUCUGUGGCAUCAGCGCCUCCCAGAGCAGUCCAGUCUCCUGGGGCAACAGUGCAUCCUGGGGCAGCCCAAUCUCCUGGGGUAGUAGUGCCUCCCAGGGCAGUCCAGUAUUCUGGGGCAGCAGUGCCUCCCAGGACAGGAGCCCCUUCUGGGACAACAGUGGCUCCCAGGGGGGCAGCAACUCCCAAUGCGGCAGCAUUUGCUAGGGCACCAGCAUCUACCCAGAGGGCAACAACCGCAGAAGCCGUGCAGGUCCCUAGGGUGGCAGCACCUACCAAUGCCACAGAGACUCCUAGAAUAGCAACACCUGCCACGGUGGCUGAAGCCUCUCUGCCAAUGCUUUCUGGGGUCGCAGAGACUCCUGGGACUUCAGGGUCCUCUAAGACAGCAGCCACUGGCAAAAAAGCAAGCCCUGGAACUCACACUGGGGCUAUACCUAAGGCUGGAUCAGCCACUGGCGCUGUGCCCAAAGGUGGAGGCAAGGGUGGAAACAGGAACCGGAAUGGAGGCAAGGGCAAAAAUAGGAAAAACAAGGUUGAAGUGGAUGAGUUGGGGAUGGGCUUUCGCCCCGGUGAUGGGGCUGCAGCAGCUGCUGCAGCUUCUGCUAAUGGGGGACAGGCUUUCCUAGCAGAGAUUCCUGAAUCUGAGGAGGGGGAAUCUGGGUGGACUGAUACAGAGUCAGAUUCAGACUCUGAACCUGAGGUUCAGCACAGAGGGAAGGGCAAGAGAACCAUUCCCAUGCAUAAGCGCCCCUUUCCAUAUGAAAUUGAUGAGAUUCUGGGUGUCCGAGAUCUCAGGAAAGUCCUAGCCUUGCUUCAGAAAUCAGAUGACCCCUUUAUCCAACAGGUAGCCCUGCUCACCCUGAGCAACAAUGCCAAUUAUUCAUGUAAUCAAGAAACAAUUCGAAAGUUGGGAGGCCUCCCGAUUAUUGCUAACAUGAUCAACAAAACUGACCCCCACAUUAAGGAAAAAGCCUUAAUGGCCAUGAAUAACCUGAGUGAAAAUUAUGAAAACCAGGGCCGACUGCAGGUAUACAUGAACAAAGUGAUGGAUGAUAUCAUGGCUUCUAACCUGAACUCAGCAGUACAGGUAGUUGGGCUAAAAUUUUUAACAAACAUGACUAUUACUAAUGACUACCAGCACCUGCUUGUCAAUUCCAUUGCAAACUUUUUCCGCUUGUUAUCACAAGGGGGUGGAAAAAUUAAGGUUGAAAUUUUGAAAAUACUUUCAAAUUUUGCUGAAAAUCCAGACAUGCUCAAAAAACUUCUCGGUACCCAAGUGCCAUCAUCAUUUAGUUCCCUUUAUAAUUCUUAUGUGGAAUCAGAAAUUCUUAUUAAUGCUCUUACUCUAUUUGAGAUUAUCUUUGACAACCUCAGAGCAGAAGUGUUCAACUACAGAGAAUUCAACAAGGGUUCCCUGUUUUACUUAUGUACUACAUCUGGGGUGUGUGUUAAGAAAAUCCGAGCCUUGGCAAAUCACCAUGACCUCUUGGUGAAAGUGAAAGUUAUCAAACUGGUAAACAAAUUCUGAUUGCUCUGUGUCCUCAAGAUCUGUGAUUUCUCAGUUUUCCAAGUGUUAAAAUGAGAUGUUAUUGCUUUUCUCCUUGUGUGAAUAGUAAAGGGGUCUUUUCAGCUGCCAGUUUAGAAAAAUGUGUCAUUCAGAGUGAUGUUGUCUGUGACAGUCACCAGCUUUAAGCUGAUCCAUUUCCUGAAUACCAAAUAGUCCUGUAGUCCUGUAGUUCUGUAGUCCUGUAGUACUGAAGACACAUUUGUGAUUUGAAUUGUGUUGCUUGGGUGGAAUAUUUUUACUGGGUCCUCGAUGUGAAUUGAUAAUGGACCUGUCCGUGAAUGGCCUACUCUGUUCCUACUUGUUUUGACUUGAAUUUUGUCACCAAAGACUUCAUAUGUGUAUCAUCAAUAAAGAUGUGUGUUGCAAAUGGCAA